AUGAUCAAGAAGACGAGGAAAAAAGAAAGUCGUCUGGCUCUCUUCCAAACGAAAGACGGUGCAAAGAGGCUUUGGCGGUAUCAGAUGACCCCACAAAGCUUCUCGCUGAAGAGAACGAAGAACGAUGCAAAGCGAGGGACGACGGGUAAUUGCUCUAUUUAUUUCGGCGAGGACACGGGAGAUUGCAGGUGUCAGAUGUCCCAGUCCCAGUUGACCCUGCGUCCGCGCGGAUUCCCGGUCGGAAAAUCAGUGACACCGGAGCUGGGGUACUGGUUGCCCGGCCAUCACCAUGCCUUCCACAAAAUUCAUCCGAGUCCAUUAGAUCUUAUCGCUGUUCUCAGCCAUCUGGUCGCCCUCCGACUUGCCAUCUUUUCGGAGCUCUUUCUCUGCAUAUCAACAACCCUCCCCCACCCCCACCCACACUCACCCCACCUCACAUUCCAAAAGACAGCAAUGGCUACCCCCGCUGUAUCAACACCUCUCAAGUCCCACCGUGGGCUCUUUUCCUCCCGUACGGCUGGCGGUCGGAUGCCCUUGACCCCGUCUCCCCGUCAGAGCACAACCACCGCUAUCCCGUUGAACCUCAACUCCUCCCCCUUUACCCCCGAGCGCCCAAGCCUCGGCCACGACGAUGGCUAUAGGGCAACCGGCAAGUCUACAUGUGGAGGAAACCUUGCUGCUCAUCUGGCACGGUCGACCACCAAGCCCAAGUCCUCGCACCGCGAUUCCCCCAAGUCCAACAUCGCCCGUACCGUCUCCACACCACGCAGGGCCCUCGAGCUCGGCGUAUCUGACUUCACCCUGACCGGAACCGGCAAGACCAAGACCCCCUCCAGCGCCAAGUCCAAGAAGGGCUCGCUGAGGCAGAAGACGGCCAAGACCACGCUGAGCUACGGCGGCGACCGUUUCAUUCCCAACCGCGGCGCCAGCUCGGCGCUCGCCAACGCCGGCAGCGCCAAGAUCGGCCAGUCCGACAAGCAGCAGCGCCCCCAGGCCAGCAGCAGCAGCAGCAGCAGCAGCAUCAGCAGCAGCGCGCAGGGUUCGACCGCCCUCUCCUCCGCGGCCGAGGACGCCAUGGCGGCUCUCGAGAACCUGACCAUCGAGGACGACGAGGAGGAGUCUUCCAACUACUGCCGCCCUUCUCCCAACACGCAGGCGUACCAGGACUCGCUGGCCAGCGCCUGCGGCGUCAACCUCAACACGCGCAUCCUGCAGUUCAAGCCGGCGCCCCCCGAGUCGUCCAAGCCCAUCGAUCUCCGCCAGCAGUACAACCGUCCCCUGAAGCCUGCCGGCGCUGCCUCGGCGCAGUUCCGGCGUCGCAUUGCCACCGCCCCCGAACGCGUCCUGGAUGCGCCCGGCCUCGUGGACGACUACUACCUCAACCUCCUCGACUGGAGCUCGGGCAACCAGGUCGCCAUCGGCCUCGAGCGCAACGUCUACGUCUGGUCCGCCGACGAGGGGAGCGUGAGCUGCCUCCUGGAGACCAGCCCCGACACGUACGUGAGCAGCGUCAAGUGGUCGGGCGACGGGGCCUACGUCGGCGUGGGUCUGGGCACGGGCGAGGUGCAGAUCUGGGACGUGGCCGAGGGCCAGAAGGUGCGCAGCAUGUUCGGCCACGACACGCGCGUCGGCGUCAUGGGGUGGAGCAAGCACCUCCUGUCGACGGGGGCGCGCAGCGGGCUCGUGUUCAACCACGACGUGCGCAUCGCCGGGCACAAGGUGGCCGAGCUGGUCUCGCACACGUCGGAGGUGUGCGGGCUCGAGUGGCGGUCGGACGGCGCGCAGCUCGCCACGGGCGGCAACGACAACCUGGUGUCGAUCUGGGACGCGCGGGCGCUGGCGGUGCCCAAGUUCACCAAGACGAACCACAAGGCGGCGGUCAAGGCGCUGGCGUGGUGCCCGUGGAACAUGAACCUGCUGGCGACGGGCGGCGGGUCGUACGACCGCCACAUCCACUUCUGGAACUCGACCACGGGGGCGCGCGUCAACAGCAUCGACACGGGGUCGCAGGUCACCAGCCUGCGGUGGAGCCCGCACUACCGCGAGAUUGUCAGCUCGAGCGGCUUCCCGGACAACUCGCUCAGCAUCUGGAGCUACCCCACGCUGGUGCGCAACGUCGAGAUCCCCGCGCACGAGAGCCGCGUGCUGCACAGCUGCCUCAGCCCCGACGGCCAGAUGCUCGCCACCGCCGCGGCCGACGAGAGCCUCAAGUUCUGGAAGGUGUUUGAGAAGAAGGCCGGCGCCGGUGCUGGUGCUGGUGUCGGCGCUAGUGGUUCUUCUGCCAAGGCUGGCAUGGCUAAGCAGAUGACCAUCCGGUAAACAAAACCAAAUCAGUCCAGUCGUCGAAACAAAUGGGGGGGACGGCGAAGGGAAAGAAUUGACUGGAUUCCUUCCCCCCACCCCCCUGCAACCCGCCCAUCCAACCCCCCCGACAAAGUGUAGGUAAACGGCAAAGAUUCAUAGCAAGCGAAGGUGUUGGAGGCGUUUGUUGUCUUUCCAACUCACGACGUGGUAUGAAAGGGCUUCUCCACGAUGGGCACGACACUGCUUUGUCACGACUAUUUUCAUGACGGCAAGCUGUACACGAUUGGUGUUUUCGUUCUUCUUUCCUGUCGCGCAAGGUCAAACAGCGGGGAAAGAACAAAUAGGGAUAGGAGUAUCGGAUGGGUGCGCAGUUCUUGGGUUGCGUUGUCGGUCAAGUCGGCCGGACAGCGACAGCAUCCUACUUUUGGGCAGAGAUUCCUCCAGUGGGGUAUGUAUUGCAUUCGGAAUGAAUAAACAGGGCAUUGUAAUAGUUCUUGACGGGCC